AUGACCGAAGCUGCAGUACCGCCAAUUCCCGCUGCCGCGGCCAAGAAGAAGUUUGCGACCCCUCCUGUUAAGAUUGCUUGCCUCUCCUGUCGAGCUUCACGAACACGAUGCGAUGGAGCCAGCCCGUGUGCCAGUUGUAAGAGCCGGGGGCGCGACUGCGUCUACAAACCGAGCAGAAGAGGAGGCGCUCGUGUGAGGCGGAAACCGCGGCCGGUUGAUGAACUGGCUCAGCAAAACCCGGGCUUCAAUGGCGACAUGCCUGUCGAUGAGGCCACUCCUCAAGACCUCGUAGCCAUAUCUCUCCAGAACUACAUCGACCCUGGAGCAGGCCUGAAGCAGCUUCAAGACUUUUUCCAGGACAGCGAUUUCAUCUUUGACACCCUGUUCAUGUCUGGCGUGCCGGGAAGCACCAGCGGCGAGAGCGCAUCUGAAGCCUCUUUCAACUUUCCCACUCCCCCUGUUCCUGUCGCCAGGACAUACAAGAGCGACCAAGCCAUUCUGGAUGCCUACUACAUCUUCAUUCAUCCCUUCUUUCCGAUUCUCCCUCCGCCCAGCGGUCUGCCCAUCGACCAGGCUGUACCGCACUUCCAGAAUGAUACGGAGACAUUCCAGGACGAGUACCAGCCCUCAACCCCGGUUAGCUUGGCUAUAUCCGCCAUCUUGGCUCUGAUUCCGUGCGCCAACGACACCAACCACUUGAGCAAGGAGUCGGUCGUUUUCCGACGUCGAUACGCCCAGUACCUGGCACAAUGCGCAGUCGAGAGCAUCGAAAUCGAGUCCGAAAUCCCCGACUCAUCCAUCGAGCCACCAAAGGCACUGAACGAAUCGCCAGACGAUUUUCCUCGGCAACAAUUCCACCCUGGCGUGCCAUUGGAGUUGGAAAGCAUCAUCGCGUUGGACAUUCUAAGCGUCUACGAGUAUGCACAAAGAGGCAACUUGAAGAAGAUGCAAGCGAGAGCGGGUCAGGCAUUAGUAUCCGCCAUGUCCCUAGGAAUCCACGCCUGCACUGAGGACGACAUUUUCGCCGAGGCUCGACGAAGAGUCUGGUGGAUGACGGGUCCAUCGUCAGUAAUACUGUGUGUAUCCCCCUUCAUCCCACUUGAAGCACUUACUGACGCUGUGGAGGAGCCGCCCUUUUCAGUGUUUACACCGAGCUAUACGACCAAGUACCCGACCAUCCAAUCAGACCCUGAGGCCUUUGCCGUGUAUAUCCAGGCCCAGCAGGCUAUCCUGUCGGCAACACAGUUCGUGAUUGAAUUGAACAAGACGGUCAAGAGCGGUGGCGACAUGACGCGCAUCUACGCGAGGAUGAAGGAGAUGGAGCAAUACUUGGAGCCCCUCAACACGGUUGCAGAUUCGUGGAUACUGCAGUCCACCACGACGACGCCACUCGAUCCCACUGAGGAGAUCCUUUCCCGGUCUCUAAGCGCGCGGAUCAAGAUCCACCGUUAUUGUGCCUUCUUUGACAUGCCUGUGUUUUCAGGAAAGCACUGCGACUUGAGGUCCAAGGCCGACAAUGACAACGGCAUCGAGCCAAAGUCGUGGCCUUCGUGCUCUUGUAGCACAAUGAUGACCCUAGCUUCCCCGCCGGUGACUAGCUCAAAUGGAACGGCCUCGCCACCAAACUCGGGAAAGAGAUCUCCUCAGUCGGACCACUCACCCAAUGGGAGCCCGCUGGCGACUUUUCCUUUCAGCAGCCACCAGUCGGCUAAGAUUUGCCUCAAAGCGGCCAUCAACAUUGCUAAUUCGUUUGACGACUUGCCAUACCCGAACCCCUUUGGCCAGCUCUGCCCUGCGCCGUGUUAUCUGGCGCCCACGUCGACGAUUGUGUGCCCUAGGACCAUGCCUUCCUUCGCUUGCUGCGCCAUGCAGUGCGCGUAUGCAUUGCUGAUGGUCAACCACAAAACAAAGGCCAUGUAUCCCGAGAAUGCCCUGACAACCCCAAUGGUGGAGAGCUUGCUUUUGCGCCUGCAGACGGGCUUGGCCUCCAUCUCCGCGACGCUUGAGAACUAUGCUACGGCCUUUGAGGCCCUCGGCGGGAUGCGCGACCAAAUUCGCAGUGUUAUCGAACCCACCAUGAUGGAGCCGGAUUUUGCCACGCUCGCCGUCCACGGUGGCCAAGAGCCGGAUCCCGUCAACGGUUCAAGAGCUGUCCCUCUGUACCAGACAGCCGCCUACAACUUUUCCGAUGCUGCCGAUGGCGCCAGCAAGUUUGCAUGGAGCAAAGAUGGCUACGUCUACACGCGCAUGGGCAACCCGACCAACAGCGUCUUCGAGUCGCGCAUGGCGAUGCUCGAGGGCGGCGUCGGUGCCGUGGCCGCCGCCUCGGGCCACGCCGCGCAGUUCAUGGCCCUGACGAAUUGCUGUGAGCCAGGCCAGAACUUUGUGAGCACCAGCUGGUUGUACGGCGGCACCUACAACCAGUUCCGGGUAUACAUGAAGAAGUUCCAUAUCGACGUCAAGUGGGUUGUGGGCAACGAGCCUGCCGACAUCGAUGCGGCUAUUGACGAGAACACGCGGUGUGUCUACAUCGAGACGAUCAGCAACCCGAAGCAUAGCGUGCCCGAUAUCAAGGCGAUUGCGGACGUCGCACACAAGCAUGGCAUCCCGCUCAUCGUCGACAACACGUUUGGCAUGGGCGGCUACCUGUGCCAGCCCAUCAGGCAGGGCGCCGACAUUGUCACACACUCCUGCACCAAGUGGAUCGGCGGCCACGGCACGUCCAUGGGAGGCAUCGUGAUUGACGGUGGCCACUUUGACUGGAGCGCGUCGGGCAAGUUCCCAGGCUUCACGGAGCCGGCGGACGGAUACCACGGGCUGAAGUUCUGGGACACGUACGGAUACAAGGCCCUCUCAGCCAAGGUUCGCAUGGACAGCAUGCGCGACUUGGGACCCUGCAUGAGUCCUUUCAACGCGUGGCUCUUCCUGCAAGGACUCGAGACGCUCGCCCUUCGAGGACAACGGCACGCGGAGAACACACAGAAGCUGGCCGAGUGGCUCGAGGCGCAUCCCAGCGUCAACUGGGUGCUCUACCCCGGCCUCAAGUCGCACCCCGACUACGAGUACACCAAGAAGGUCUUUACCAACGGCGCAGGCGGCGUCCUGACCUUUGGCGUUGCCGGCAACAUCGACCAAGUGCGCGCCGUCGUCGACAACCUCAAGCUGUGCUCGCACCUCGCCAACGUCGGCGACGCCAAGACGCUUAUCAUCCACCCGUGGGUCACGACGCACCAGCAGCUGCCCGACGAGGAGAAGAUCAAGGGCGGCGUGACGCCGGACCUCAUCCGCGUGUCGGUCGGCAUCGAGGGCUUCGAGGACAUCAAGAAGGACUUUGAGCAGGCGUUCGCGGCGGCCGGGCUGCCGGCGGCAGUGAAGACGGGCGGGGACCCGUUCGCGGCAGCGCUGAACCUCGUGUCGGGCGGGUUCAUGGGGAAGAAAGCCAAUAUGCCUCCCGCAAACCACUACAUCAACCCACUGGUCACGGGCAUUCUCAGACCUGCCAUCCCAAACGCUGCCAUCAUCACUGCAUCGUCAAUAGGCAGCAGCACCGCACGCGAUAGUUCUUGCGAGGCCCAGGCGGAUAGGUGGCCUACACCCCGACCGGCGGAAGCUCAAAGUAAGGACGACCUCCUCUUCGAUCCUAUAGCCCAUUCUGCCCCGCCGUUCAUCGUUGUUCGAGUCUCGCGGUCGCCUGCCGCAGCGGAGUUGUCGGGCACUAUCCUCACCCCCGACGAGGAAAAGGAAACAGACGAAGAUAGCAAGGAGAACGCGAAACAAGCGGCAACAUCUACACGCACCAGACCGACGACGAUGGCGGAGCGUAGACCGUACAACGGGGGCGGCAUCGUGCCCCCGCACAUCCGCACGGCCAUCGCCGAAAGCAAGAAUGCGUCCACAGAGGCCGCACCCGCAAAGACACCCGAGACCAACCCCGCCGGCAAGGAGAUACGCGCAGAGGAGUUUACGCGCAGCGGCUUCGUGCCCGCCUACGUGCUGAAGAACAUCGCGACAAGCGAGGCGUCGACGGCUGAGCAGCGCGCGGACGCGCAGGGGACGUUGGACCUGGACACGGCGCGGCGGGAGCGUGGGAAGGAUGCGGAAGGGCAGGGGGAGAAGUGA